AUGAAUUCCGAUGCCAUGUCGAUUGUUGUGAAGGUUGUGUUGAUGAGUGGGAGCUUUGUGGACAUCGAUGUGGCAGUUGCUUGCUCGAUAGACGAGCUGCGGGUUGAAGCGCAACGAAGACUCGGAGUCAGACGUGGGAAGCUGCUGAUGUCGGGUCGGAGGCUGGAUGGGGCGACAAUAGUUGCUGAAGCAGGGUUGAAGAGUGGGGACGUCUUGGCCUUACACAGAGAUCCACUGAGUUUGGCCUCGACAGUUUAUGCCUUCGCAGCAGUUCUCGCUGAUGGAUCAGUCGUAGCGUGGGGUGACACCGCGCACGGUGGCAACAGCGCGCCCGUGCGAGCACGCCUGAAGAACGUGCAGCAGGUUCAGGCUACUGGCUCGGCUUUUGCGGCGAUCUUGGCUGACGGAUCUGUAGUCACAUGGGGCAAUCCUGCAUGCGGUGGUGACUCAAGCGCCGUCCAGGAGCAGCUCAAGAAUGUACAGCGAAUUGAAGCUGGCUUUCAUGCCUUUGUUGCAAUAUUAAAGACUGGAUCUGUUGUGACUUGGGGUGAACCUGCUUUUGGCGGUGAUAGUACGGACGAACAGCAGAAGCUGCACAAUGUUCAGCAAGUCUCAUGCACCGGCUAUGCUUUCGCUGCCAUUCUGGAAAAUGGAUCGGUUGUGACAUGGGGUCACCCUUCCCACGGGGGCGACAGCAGUGCGGUGCAGCACCUGCUGAAGAAUGUGCAACAGAUCAAAGGUACUCUGUCAUCUUUUGCUGCCGUCCUGGCUGAUGGAUCUGUCAUCCAAUGGCCCCCUUCGGCGUGUGGGGCCACGGCCGUCCCGGCGCCAGUGACGAACGUGCAGACACUUGAGGCCGGUUUCCACAGCUUUGCUGCGAUCCUGGCUGAUGGAAAGCUGGUGACCUGGCACCAUGACCCCUGGGCUGAGCUUGGCAUCACUGUCCUCCCAUUUCAGGAUGUACGACAGGUUCAGGCUUCGGAUACUGCCUUUGCAGCUCUGUUGGCCGAUGGAACCGUCGUGUCCUGGGGAGAUGCCGAUUGCGGCGGUAACUGCGAGGCUGUCCAAGGCCACCUGAAACAUGUGCAAAGUCUCACGUCGUCUGGCGGAGCUUUCGCAGCACUCAUUGAGGAUGGAACGGUCGUAACAUGGGGCGACCCGAGUCGCGGAGGAAACUGCAGCUCUGUCCAAGAGCAGCUGAGAAACGUGCGCUGUAUCGAUGCCAACGGUUAUGCUUUUGCUGCGACCGUUCAGAACGGGCCCAUUGAAUCCGUGGUGACUUGGGGCAAUGCGUUCUAUGGUGGCGACAGCACUUGUGUCCAGGCCCAGUUGAGAUCAUGA